AUGGACAAGGUCACUUUUCUGGAGAAAUCGGCUGAACAAAGUGCAAAAAACCCGGAAGUGAGCUGCGGCUCCGACGAGAUUGCCCUCAAUUUUCAUACAAAAGCACCAUUCAAAGGGAAAGUUUUCGUCAAGGGUUACGUCUCCGAUUCGAACUGUAUGCGAGUCGGGAACCAACAAACCGAUCAACGUUUCGGCAUCUCUUUCGAUCAAUGUGGAGUCAGAAGGGAGAGAAAGAUCAACGGAGUGACCAUCGCGGCAACGGUCAUUGUCUCGUUUCAUCAGAUUUUCAUCACGAAAGUCGAUCGAGCCUACCGAAUUUCGUGUUUCUACAUGGAGAGCAGCAAAUCGGUUAAUCAGAGAAUCGAUGUCAGCUCACUCACCACGCAACUCCUCGAAAAUCAGAUCUCUAUGCCCACUUGCAGAUACGAAAUCCUUUCGGGAGGGCCAAAUGGUAGAGUGGCACAAUAUGCGAGAAUUGGCGAAGCCGUCUACCACAAAUGGACUUGCCACGCCGAUCUACCCGAUGUCUAUUGUAUGCGCGUGCACUCGUGUACGGUAGUUGAUGGUCAAGGUGGUCCCUCGGUCACUGUUCUUGAUGCAAAUGGGUGUCAAGUCGACGAGUCGGUACUCAAAAACCUCGAGUACAUAGACGAUUUGAGCGCUGGGCAGGAGGCCAUGGCUUUCAAGUUCGCCGACCGGUCGGGCCUCUAUUUCAAUUGUCAAAUCCAACUCACACUCAAGGAUCGACAAUUUGGGUGUUCCGUUUCGCAACCCGAUUGCUCACAAACCCCAUACGGAGGUCAAAUCGUCGUGCCCGCUUCAGCAACAGAAGCCGAGAGUUUAGAAGAUUUCACAGCAAUCGAUCCUGAAGCCCUCGAGCACAAGAGUGGCUACACGGCACGACCCAUCGCGAGUGACACAGAAGCUGGUCUUGACACCGCAUCGACGUAUCGGGAAACGAAAACGACGUCAGCUUAUCGAAAAAAUUCUCAAGCUCAACAAUCAACAUCUCCAUAUUUUGCUGGUCAACAGCAACACCAAGCCCAUCCACCGGGCGUUUCCCCGACGGAUUUCGAUCGGAUUCGCUCGAAAUUCCAACACCACGCGCAACAGCGUCGAAGAGAGCAUGUGCAUGUGAAUGCGAGAAUUAAUCGGGGAUACGAGACAGGCGGUGAGGUGAAUGAGGAGCGAUUUGCGGCCGCGAAGGCGAAGAGACAUUUGGAUAAAGACAUCGUAGCUGAUUUCGAUUUGCCACAAACGAGUCUUGUCGUUUUCGGAUUAGAAGAUGAGGAACCGAUCGGCGACCAUUCGCCGCCCACAAAAAUCAAUGAAAUGAGAAGUCAUCUGGCCGUCACGAAUGAGAUGGCCUGUGUGCGAACAAGU